UUUUUUUUUUACACCACUUUAUCCAUUAUUAUAGACUAUGCCUGGAUCUGAUAUAUUUACCAAUAAUACACCAUCCAUUCUUUCAGAUUCAUCAGAAGAAAGAAGACACUCUAUGGAUCACUCAACUGAACAACAAGACGAACAACAAUGGUGGCAAGGAGAAAAUGAUUCCCCUUCUGAUUCACAACCUACUACUACUACUACUACUACUACUACUACCGUAUUGAAUCAUAUGUUACCUUCCUCCAGUCAAGGUGACGAAACCAAUGAACCAUCUUCUUCUGAAGCUGAAAACGAACUUCGACGUAAAAUCUUAGAUAUACAACGAGAUACUUCUAUCACUGCAAAAGAUAAAGCACGCCAAAUUCAGCAACUCAUGUGGCAAGGAACUCAAUCUUCACCAAUUAAUCAAGCUUCUUCAUCAAGAUCUUCAAAUACACCAGAACUUAUUUCAGAAGGUGAAUCUAUUUCCUAUCAGGAUAAAGAAAAAGGAAUCAUGGGAUGUCAACAUUAUCAAAGGAAAUGCAAACUAGUAGCAUAUUGUUGUGGUAAGAUCUAUUCGUGUCGGUUUUGUCAUGAUGAAUCUCCACACUCGGAUCAUGCAAUAGUACGUACAGAUACCAAGAGAAUGUUUUGUAUGCUCUGUCAAACGAUUCAACCAGCGGCUCAAGUAUGUGCAGGAUGUCAACAAACCAUGGCUCUAUACUAUUGUGACAAGUGCAAAUUAUGGGACGACGAUCCAUCCAAAUCAAUUUAUCACUGUGAUGACUGCGGUAUCUGUCGACAAGGUCAAGGCUUAGGAAAGGAUUUUUUCCAUUGCAACAAGUGUAAUAUCUGUAUGUCUAUUGCUAUGCUAGAUAAACAUCGUUGUAUCGAACGCAAUUUGGAAUCUGAUUGUCCUAUUUGUGGUGAAUAUAUGUUUACAAGUACUACAACCGUCAUUUUUAUGCCAUGUGGACAUUGUAUUCACAAAAGAUGUUAUACAGAUUAUAUCCAAACUUCAUAUCAAUGUCCUACAUGUUUGAAAUCACUAGGGGAUAUGUCCGAUUACUUUGCUCGACUGGAUCGUGAACUGGCUCGCCAAUCCAUGCCAAUAGAAUAUGCAAAAUAUAUUUCUCAUGUAUUUUGUAAUGAUUGUGAACUCCGGUCUCCAGCGAAAUAUCAUUUCUUCUAUCACAAAUGUGCCCAUUGCUCAAGUUACAAUACCACUGUUCUCCGCACUGAAAAUACGGAACUCAAGACUUCACCUCCACCUUCAGCAUCCUCUUCCAGUACAACUGCAUCUUCACCUUCAUCUUCACCUCCUUCUGCAACCACUUUAUUGGAUCCUUCUUCAAUCAAUGGACUUGACUCAACGAAUCAACUAUCUUCUUCUACGCCCAUCGAUACCACCGUCAACACUGACAUGAAUACAUUAGAAAGGGAUCCAAAUCUAUAUGACGAAUGAAUUGCCAUCCAACCUUCUUGUUUUAUUCCCCCACCUUUGUUUGAUUUGUACAUACUUUUGAACGUUAUCUUCUUCCACUCUAUAUAUAGUCCAACACAUAAAUACACGCUUCUGAUUUUUUUUUUUUAGGUUUUAUCAUUACUUGAUAAUAAAGACUAUUGACACAAAAAAAAA